AUGGUCUAUGCCCCUAUUGCUCUCCAAGGAGUGGGUGUCCCUCAUCCGUACGGUCUCCAAGUCAUCAAGCACUUGGAUAUGCUACUUCGCCAUCCUGCCAAUAAGACCAAGAUGGGCGCCUUCUUGGAGGCUGUCCUUCAGGCACAUCAGCUUGAAACCGGUACCUCAUACGGCCUCUUCCAACAAGUCUAUGCCAACACCUCCAUCCUGGCGUCUGACAUGUGGGCAAAGCGGACCUGGAGUGAACUUGACUCUCUCUCCAUCCACCUGGAGUUUGAUUCCCCCUCUCUUCUGCCACUACGCCAAGGAGACCAACUGUUAGUCGACUUGUUCAUCGAUUCUUUGGUGGACCAACUUACUUUGAAAUGGCUCAACUGGUGUCCGAUCUUCCUGCACGCAGUGACUCUUUCUGAUAUUGUGAAUGCUGAAGGGACGGCGAUUACUCUGAAAGCAUGGAAAGGGCUAAGAGCGGACAGCUGUUCUGAUCGGUACCAAUGGCACCGCACUGCUCGUCCCUCUAACCAAUGGUGGACUGCAUGGCAACAAUGGAUCUCUACUCACCUGACCGGCCACUCCAACCAACGCGGUCUCAGUUCUCCGUUAGGCCCGUGGCAUUCCGUUGACUUAUCCUGGAAGUGGCAAUACUCCCAAAUGAAGGCUACCGUGCUAUUGCACACCCAUGCAAUGGUUUGUGUCCGUAAGUGA